UUAAUCAUGCCUCCCUGUCUGUGUGCGAGCGCAGGCGGCCUGACAAUGAUUUCCUCAGUGAUUACGCACAGAGCGAGUCCCUGCGGGCCGGGGGCCCCCUCCGGAGCCGUCCUCGUGGCUUUGGGGGCCUCGCUUCCAUUUCCCAUUAUUAUGUGGAGGACCGGAGCGGCGGCGCAGUGCAGGACCUUGCAGACCCAGAGAGCAAGCUAGGACGGCGUGUCGAGGGUGUCCCUGAGGCGGACCUGAGGAGAGGACAACUCCCUGUGGAGGACGAGGAAGACGGCGAGGAGGAGGAGGCAUCGCAUAGCUGCCCAGGCUGCCAGCAGGUGUUUGAGUCGCCAAGCGACCUCGCCGAGCACAGGACCGGCCAGUGCCAGCAGACAGAUGGUCCUGAUGUAGACGAUGACCCGUCUUGCUCCUGGCCUGCAUCUUCACCUUCUAGCAAAGACCAGGCAUCCCCAGAUCACGAAGACGAAGGAGUUGACUUUGGAGAAGAAGAGGGUGGCUUGGGACUGCCGUACCCCUGCCAGUUCUGUGACAAGUCCUUUAGCCGCUUGGGCUUCUUGAAGCAGCACGAGCAAGGCCACGGUGACCGUCUGCCCUUUCGCUGCACCUUCUGCAGCCGCCUCUUCAAGCACAAGCGUAGCCGUGACCGACACGUCAAGCUGCACACAGGUGACCGCAAGUUCCACUGCCGUGACUGUGGUGCUGCCUUCUCCCGCAGUGACCACCUCAAGAUCCACAUGAAGACGCACGCCUCCAGCAAGCCGCACAAGUGUGCCCUGUGUCGGCGUGCCUUCCAGUCCUCCAGUUCGCUACACAGCCACAUGCAGGUCCAUGAGCGGGCUAAAGAUGGUGGACAAGGCCUGUCUGGCGCUGAUGACUGGAAGCUGAAGGAGACCCAGAAGUGUGGGCGGUGUGAGGAAGGGUUUGACGCACCGGAGGAGCUGCAGAAGCAUAUCACAGAAUGCCACCCUGAGAACUCUCCUGCCCCUGAAAGGGGUGCCUUGUCUUGCAUCUAUUGUAAGGAGCUCUUUGGCGAUGAGAGUGCUCUCCUAGGCCAUAUCGAGCAGGCUCACAGCCGGGACAAGAAGGGUCACACGUGCACCAUCUGUGCUGAGCAGUUCAGUACUGUGGAAGACCUUUAUAGUCACAUGGAUGUCCAUCAGCAGCCAGAAUCCAGCAACCAUAGCAACAGCCCAUCCCUGCUCACGGCAGGCUAUACCUCAGUGUCCAGUACCACACCGGACUCAAACCUCUCUGUUGACAGCUCCACUGUGGUAGAUGUGGUGCCAUCCCUGCCAAAAACCCGACGGAGGAAGCGAGGCGCCCAGCAUGCCGCCAGCACAGGCAGGCUAUCCUCCAAACAAGCCAAGGUCACGUACAGCUGUGUCCAUUGCAACAAGCAGGUGUUCUCUAGCCUGGCCGUUCUACAGAUACACCUGAAGACUAUGCACCUGGACAAACCUGAACAGGCGCAUACUUGUCAGUAUUGUCUAGAAGUUCUGCCCUCCCUGUACAACUUAAACGAGCACCUGAAGCAAACCCAUGACACGCCAGACCAUAGUGUUCUCCUGGGUAACCUGCCUGCCGCUGCCCUGCAGUGCAACUUCUGUCCCGAGGUGCUUGGCGAUCUCAAUGGCCUACAAGAGCACAUUCGCUGCUUCCAUGGCUUUCCCAGCCCUGUCGCAAAGGAGAGCAAUGCCUUUUUCUGCCCCCAGUGCUUUAUGGGAUUCCUCACAGAAGCGAGUCUGGAAGAGCAUAUCCGACAAGCGCACUGUGAUGGAGGCAGCUUGCGUUUUGACUCGCCCUUGGCUGGGACCCCCAAGGAUCCAAUAGUUGAGGUGUAUUCCUGUUCUUACUGCACUAACUCACCCAUAUUCAACAGUGUCCUGAAGCUGAACAAGCAUAUCAAAGAAAACCACAAGAACAUUCCCUUAGCACUGAAUUACAUGAAUAAUGGGAAGAAAUCUCACUUGACUCUCAGUCCACUGUCCCCCAUGUCUGUGGAGCAAGCCUCUUUGAAACAGAGUGGCUCCUCUUCUCGGUUAGCAAACGAAUUUAUUUGCAAUCAGUGUGGUGCCAAGUACUCUAGUUUGGACUUGUUUCAGACUCAUCUGAAAAUGCACAUUGACACUAGCCUUCCUGAGCUGAACUGCCCACAGUGCAACAAAGAGUUCCCCAACCAGGAUUCCAUGCUAAAGCACGUGACCAUCCACUUCAUGGUCACUUCCACAUACCAUAUCUGCGAGAGCUGUGAUAAGCAGUUUACCUCAGUAGACGACCUGCAGAAGCACCUGCUUGAGAUGCACACAUUUGUGUUCUUCCGCUGCAGUCUUUGUCAGGAGAUCUUUGACUCCAAGGUGUCUAUCCAGCUACAUCUGGCCAUGAAGCACUGCAACGAGAAGAAAGUCUAUCGAUGCACCUCCUGCAACUGGGAUUUUCGUCAUGAGUUGGAUCUGCAGCGACAUGUCCAGCAUAGCCACCUGGAAAGCCAGGGCAAGGUCCACAAGUGCAUCUUCUGCAGGGAGGCCUUUGGCACAGAGGUAGAACUGCAGUGUCAUAUCACCACCCAUAGCAAGAGGUACAACUGCAUGUUCUGCAGCAAGGCCUUCCAUUCUAUUGGGCCACUGGAGAAGCACCUGCGGGAGAAGCACUGUAUCUUUGAAGCCAAGCCCCAGAACUGUGAUACAAAUGGUGCUGCCCCAGUGUCAGAGUCGGCACAGAAGGAUGACGUAGAAUUGCAAGGCCUAGUGACCAACAGCCACGAGUCCCACAACAGCCAUGACGGAAGUGAGGAGGAUGUUGAUGCUUCUGAGCCUAUGCAUGGGUGUGACAUUUGUGGCGCUGCUUACACCAUGGACUCUCUGCUCACUAACCACCAGCUUCGUGACCACAACAUCCGGCCAGGCGAGAGUGUCAAGAAGAAGGCUGACCUGAUCAAAGGCAGCCACAAGUGCAGCGUUUGCUCCCGGACGUUCUUCUCUGAAGGGGGCCUCCGCGAGCACACACAAACACACCUUGGCCCCGUCAAGCACUACAUGUGCCCCAUCUGUGGGGAGCGCUUCCCAUCCCUUCUUACCCUCACCGAGCAUAAGGUCACCCACAGCAAGAGUCUGGACACGGGAAACUGCCGGAUAUGCAAGAUGCCCUUGCAGAGCGAGGAAGACUUCCUGGAGCACUGCCAGAUGCACCCUGACCUGAGGAACUCCUUAACGGGCUUCCGUUGUGUAGUCUGCAUGCAAACAGUCACAUCCACUUUGGAGCUUAAGAUCCAUGGAACUUUCCAUAUGCAGAAGACUGGCAACCCGGCAACCAACCAGCUACCUGGGCGCACCCAGCACCCCUCUCAAAAGCUCUACAAGUGUGCCUCCUGUCUGAAGGAGUUCCGGUCCAGACAGGACCUGGUAAAGCUGGACACCAGUGGCCUCCCGUACGGGCUGUGCUCAGUGUGCAUGGGUGCUGGUAGCCAGAAUUCCAGCCCUGCACUGAAUGGCCGAAAACAGCAACAGGAUGCUGUGGCGGCAGGCCAGGGAGACGCACUUGGGCCUGGAGAAGGCAGGAGCAAGGCUACCCCCAUCAAGACCAGGUGCUCUAGCUGCAAUGUCAAGUUUGAAUCAGAAGCAGAACUACAGAACCACAUCCUGUGCACCCACAGGGACAUGCCUGCUGAGAACCAGAGCGGACCGGUCCAAACACCGCAGGUGUCACCCAUGCCCAGGGUUAGCCCCUCACAAACUGAAGAGAAGAAGACGUACCAGUGUAUCAAGUGCCAGAUGGUUUUCUACAGCGAAUGGGACAUCCAAGUACAUGUCGCGAACCACAUGCUCGAGGAAGGUCUCAACCACGAGUGCAAGCUCUGCAACCAGACGUUCGACUCGCCGGCCAAGUUGCAAUGCCACUUGAUCGAGCACAGCUUUGAGGGCAUGGGCGGCACCUUCAAAUGCCCCGUCUGCUUCACAGUGUUUGUUCAAGCUAGCAAGCUGCAGCAGCACAUCUUUUCAGCCCAUGGACAGGAGGACAAAAUCUAUGACUGUUCCCAGUGUCCCCAGAAGUUCUUCUUCCAAACUGAGCUACAGUUGGUGGGGAGUAUAAAAGAUCAAAAUCGAGCAGGGAGAGACCUACCAGUACAGAAUCACACAUCAAGUCAACACAGCAGCUGACAUGAUGGACAUCCUGAAGGAGGACAGAAGCGUGGCAAAAAAGAAGAGUAAUGAGAAGAAAAAGAAAUGUGGUACCCUUAAUAUAGCGCUCUUAUUUCUUAUAUGGAAUUUUCCACAACUGCAAGUUGUGGACCAUUACAGAAUAUAUGUAUGGUAAGAAAAGAAAGGAAAAAAAAGACAUGCUGUUAAAUGUAAAGUAAAAGAAGCAGAAAACUGAGCUGUAAUACUCAGGCUGACAUCAUGUAAAUAAAGUACAUUCUGGAGUUGUAAAAUGCAGCCAUGGAGCAGACGGAGUUCGGUGGGUGCGAGUCUAGGAUCCAAAGACUGCGUCGGGCUUCAAAGGGAGGGAUCUUUCCGGUUUUGUUAAUCACCUGCUGACGAAGGAGCGUCUGACUGUCCUGGACUCGCAGGCAUAACUUUCUGCACUGGGGAGAAGAGACGAGAUCAGCAGAGCAGAUCAUUUAGUCUGGUCUGCUAUCGUUUGGACUGCAGGAGGACCGUUGUCUUAUUCAGUGGUGGCGACCCAAUCGGAAGCCAUCUUCGCGUGUCGAAAAUAAGCCGGGCCUAACUCUGCUUUGGUGGCUGUCUGCAGGCCACUGUAUGUUACUGUUUAACAUGUUUAUUAUCUCACCUGGGCCUGGAGAUGAUUUUUGCAUUGGGAAAUAAAUACUGUUUAACUUCAA